CAUAAGAGAGACACUCACAUAGUGUUGUUGUUGUUGUUAUCGUCGUUGUCCUCCUCUUCCUCCUCCUCCUCGCUGCUGCCGCCGCGGACAGCAGAGUUCCUCGCUUACCGCCGCCAUGGCCUCCCCUCAGGAAUCGCCUCACCACAACAAUAACAACAACCCGCCGCUGGAGGGGACGCCCACCGAGCCGGGCCUGAACAGCUCCUGGGUAGAGUUGCAGAUGAAUGGAAAUGACAAUGGCAAUACAAAAAAUGGGGGUCUGGAACAUGUCCCUUCUUCAUCUUCGAUCCACAACGGAGACAUGGAGAAGAUUCUUCUAGAUGCUCAGCAUGAAUCUGGGCAGAACAGUUCGAGGGGUAGUUCUCACUGUGACAGUCCUUCUCCUCAAGAAGACGGACAGAUAAUGUUUGAUGUGGAAAUGCACACAAGUAAAGACAAUAGUUCUCAGUCUGAAGAGGAAGCAGUAGAAGGAGAGAAGGAGGUGGAAGUUCUGAAGAAAAGUGCUGACUGGGUUUCAGACUGGUCAAGUAGACCUGAAAACAUUCCUCCCAAGGAGUUUCACUUCAGACAUCCUAAGCGAGCGGUAUCUUUAAGUAUGAGGAAGAGUGGAGCCAUGAAGAAAGGUGGCAUUUUCUCGGCUGAGUUUCUUAAGGUUUUCAUUCCAUCUCUGUUCAUAUCUCAUGUUUUGGCUUUGGGACUAGGUAUCUACAUUGGAAAACGACUGACCACACCUUCAGCUAGUACUUACUGAAUGAAGCGGUGCGCAGACCCUGGAAAUCCUUGUGAUCUGUGAAGGUGUUGAUGUCACGCUAGUACAUUUUGAAUUUGAGACAGUUUUAAGCAUGAUUCCUCCCCCCCUUCUCAGCCUCCACCUUGUUUUUACAUAUCCAGGUUCCAGUAACUCUCGGGAUUCAGUAUUGUAUUGGAACUCUGCGGAGGUGUGUCGCUUGCCGUCUCAACCCUUUCCCUAGCUGUCCUCCACAUCAUGCAAGACACAUCAGAGCUGCCUAACAGAGUUUACAAUUGCCUAUAUAUUGCAAGGGCUUCUUUCCGUGCAAAGUGCCACCAGCAAAUUAUAAUUUUAUCAGUGAUGCUGUUGCCUCCUUUUUACAACAGGAAAUAAGCUGCAUAGUGCAUAUUUGAACUGUUGAGUAUAACAAUCUCCAGUCUCUAAAACAAUUUGAGAAUUAGCAGAAGCUGGUUAUAAAACAAAGUAAAUGUUAUUUUUCCUUAAGUGUAGCUUAUUUUACAAUUCUCUCUCUUCUUUUUUUUAGUUUGAUUUUAGGAGGCAAAAACUGCACAAAAAUCAAAGCAGGAUAAAAAUUUAUUCAUCAGCAACUUUUAAUACCGAGUAUCUCUAAUUAUCUUUUCUAUGAUGUAGUGAGUUUAUUUCUGGUUAAAAAAAAGGCUUGUCUGAUGUCUAGAAAUCGUUUUUAAAAAGAACUGCAUUAUUUGCAUGUGAAGAAUCUUCUAGUAUUCAUCAGCAUUUUAUUUAAUGAAAGUUUUCUUUGUAAAAGUAGUUUGACUUGAAGUAUUUUUUGAAGUAUUUAGACUCCCUGUAAAAGGAGAUUCUACCUGUUAUGGAAUCAGCUGCAAUUUGCAGAGAUGGCUGUUUCAGCAAUUACUUGAGGCAUCCUACCUGUGAACAGUCUUGCAGUUUUGUAAAACACAAUUUACAAAGCUUGAAACUAUCUUAUGUGGUUAAGUUUCCAUACUCCCUUUUGUAUGGCUUUUUGUUGAAUCUCGCUUGGCAAUACCUGAAAUCCUAAGGAGCUUGGUGAUAUCUCAUAUAGCUAGAUAGCAGUCUUGCUAAUGGGAACACUUGGCCUUAUCCUCCUCCAAAUAACCCCCCCCUUUUUUUUUCAAAAUGUGAAGCUUAGUUUGAAAUUGUUUGAACUCAUAUAGGCAAACAAAUGUCCCUAAGUAGAUUUGUAUUGGGUUUUGGAAUGUGUAGCAUGCUUCUGAAGAAUAGAACAUUCUGUUUUAUAUAUAUAAAUAUAUAAAUGACAGGCUUUAAUACUACAUAUUUAGGAAAUCAUUAUUAAUUUUAGAAUUAGGAAAAAAUCAUUGAACUUUUUCAUUCUAUUAUUAGAAAAAAUAUACAUGCAAAACUAGGAGACAGCAAACCUGUAGAAGCAGGUCCUCUUUUUUUCUAUUUGUUUCAGACUUCUCAAAGUUGGAAAGUUUUGGCAGUGCACAGCAUGGUGAUUUAUGCCAGUGGGUAGAGGUGAACCUAAUGAAGCAGAGAGCAUAAGCAUGCAAUCCAUUCCUAAAGUAUGCUUAUAUCAGUUGUUGAUUCUGUAACACUUAAAGGAUUGUUUUUAUUUCACUAAUUCUGGGUCUUUUUGCUCCCUUUAGCUUUGACUGGUAGCACUUAUAUUACUUGCAACAAUAUAUUUAUUUCCUGUGUGGAUAUCGGGGUAAUUUUGUAGUGAUUAAAUAAAAUAAGGGUCUUUUUUAAAAGAAAUAGCAUUGAACAACAUACCUGAGUAGGUUUCAAAGUCUGACAGUACUUUCAGCAUCAAUUCUUGUAUCCUCUUUUGUAACACAAUUGGAAUACAGAAGAAUGUAUAUGGAAUUGGGACCAUGUUCAUGAAAAACAAAAAUAAAGCUUCAUUCCUUUCCAAUUACAUGAUGAUUAAUCUGAAGAAUGCUGUGUGAUGAGUUAGCAAAUCUACAUGCUUGUGACUAAACACCUUCACUAAUAUUUUUCAAAAAAGGUAUCAGCUAUAAAGCUUUUUUAAAAUAAAUAUUGUUAGGAGAGCUAUCCUGUUGUUCCUGGAGAGCAUCCCAGAGACCAGAGGAUUUUCCAAGUCCUGCUGCUGAAGCCGGAGACGCUGCUACAACUUUGGGGAGAGGGGCUCCAAGACAGGAUCCCCCCCCUUCUCCCUUGCAGCUAUGGCAAACGGAGCCACAGCUCCUGUUCCCUGAGGGUGCAAACAUGGCUUCAGAGGACACUGUAAAGGGAUAGUGCUGUGGGCAGGGGGAAGAAUGGCUGAAGAGCUACCACCUUUCCAGUCCCCCUCCCACCAGCGUGCUGCCUCUAGAUGGACUAAGAAGCCCGUCUGGAGAUAAAAUAAAUGGGGAGAUAGAGAGGUGAAAAAUACCUCCAUUGCUUCGUCUACCCUGCCAGUAGCAGCCUGGUAGGGCUUGCUAUCCAGAAGUUUCUGUCUUUGGAGGCUUCUGCCUUAGGGGCCACGAUUGUAGGAUUGCCCCUGAAUAGCUUUAUACCUGUUUACAGUUUGAGGGGGGCAGGCGGGAAUACAGACCUCGUUUUUCAAACGAUCAACGAGGCUUUGAAAUAUUUGUACAUAGGAUUGGACAGGCAUGCAUAAACUCGCACAUUAAGAAGAUGCAGCUGGCUGAACUGCAACACUAACAAAACCCACACCUGGUUACCGUGUUAAGACAUGAAAACUAAAAAGAAACUGUUGAUCCUAAAAAAAAUGCAUUGCUGAAAUUAUUGGAGUUAACUGAGCCAAAGUGAUUAUGCAUUCUUCAUAUUUAGUUAGCACUUUGUAACAUUAUAUACAGUUUACAGUACAUGUAUAAGUUGUAGCGAUAAACAUUUUGUGCCAUUAAAGCUGUCACAAACCUA